UUUCCUCCCUGUGCGCGUGUGUGUGUUUUGUGCGCGCUCGCAUUUUUCCCUCUCUUCUGGCAGCCCUGCCUGGCCCGGAGCUGUGCGCCAUCGCCUCUAUUUUCUUGUUGCGAUCGAUCGGCCAAGCCGCGCGCGCGCGCGCUCUAGGUAAUCGCGAAUCCGAUCGGAUUCCCUCUGGCGACGCGCUGCAGCAGCAGGAAAUUGACGCAGCAAAGCCGGAGGGGGAUUGAUUGCUUCGUAAAUUGAUCCAUCCCAUUGGUCGAUUGAUGGGAGCGCGUCCUUGACGAAGAAUCGGCGCUCUUUCUCUGCCUGGCGCUAGCGAUCGACAGGCUGCAUUGAAUCGAUGAUCUUGUUGCGAUGACAACAUCCCUGGUCAAGGAUGCGGCUGGCAUGGACAAAGUCGUUCUUCGCGAACCACUGGGCGCUACUGCUCAGGUCCAUCUCUAUGGAGGUCAGGUGACAUCAUGGAAAAACGAACGGGGUGAAGAACUCCUGUUUUUAAGUUGCAAGCUUCUUCGGUCGGUGCAGGCGAUUUUUAAGCCACCAAAGGCCAUUCGUGGUGGAAUCCCCGUUUGCUUUCCACAGUUCUCAAACUUGGGAACGCUGGAGCAGCAUGGUUUCGCGAGGAACAGAGUAUGGGCAAUCGACACGGAUCCGCCUCCCAUUCUAAACUCGAGCGGUAGCGGGAGCUGUAGCAGCAACAAAAACAGUACAGUCGAUCUUAUCCUUAAAUCCAGCGAAGAUGCUUGGCCGCACAGCUUUGAAGUGAGAAUGCGUGUUACUCUAAAACGCGGGGGAGAUUUGGCUCAAACUAUUCGCGUCAGAAACACCAACACGGACAACAAAUCUUUCAGCUUCACGAUUGCUCUCCAUACAUACUUUUCCGUUUCUGACAUCAAUGAAGUACGCAUCGAAGGGCUGGAAACACUGGAAUAUAUGGACAACUUGCAACAACGGAAACGCUUCACCGAGCAAGGGGAUUCCAUCACUUUUGACGGCGAGGUGGACAAAGUUUACUUGGGAGCUCCGACGAAAAUCGCUAUAGUCGAUCACGAGAAGAAGAGAACUAUUGUGGUGAAGAAGGAAGGCUUUCCCGAUGCAGUUGUGUGGAAUCCUUGGGACAAGAGGGCGAAAGCCAUGUCGGACUUUGGCGACGACGAGUACUUACACAUGGUUUGCGUGGAACCCGCGGUCAUCGAGACUCCCAUAACUCUCAAACCGGGCGAGGAAUGGAGGGGCCGUCAAGAACUCUCGGCUGUUCCUUCGAGCUACUGCAGCGGCCAAUUGGAUCCUGGCAAGGUACUGCAGGGAAAGUGAUCUUCUAACUGGUGGAAUGGAAAGAAGUAUCGACAACCAAAUAGAUCAGUACCUACAUCGAAAACGAAAAAAAGAAGAAAAAAACACAAAAGGUGAGCAGGUUCUAAAAGUUUUUUUGCAGGCAAGUUACGCCUUCUUCUGAGCGAUGAAUCGAUCGAUCGAUCGUACUUCCAACACUGAAAAGCCAAAGAAAAAAGAAAAAGAGUGAAGAGAGUUUGGUGCACUGCCACUACUGACGAAAGAGAGGGAAACGUAUAUUCGCAAAGAGGUCUUGUUCUUGUCCAGAAUAUUUUUCAACUUUUUUAGGUUUGUAGGAAGAUAUCGUGCCAACUUAAGUUACCCUUAGAGCUAUUUUUUACACGACGACAAAUAUAUCCUUUGCCACGUCA